CAGCUAUGGGGGUACCAGCCACCAUCUGCCAGGCACAGACCUGGAGGCAGGGCUGCAGUCUCCCCUGACCCAGAUGAACGAAGACUCAAAAUCCCAAAGGUGACAAGGUAGCAGCAGAAACCGGAAAGCUGUCUGGUAGGAGGAGGGAAGCGUGUGGCACUAGCGUGGGCCAUGACGCCUGAGUCACCAUUCUUGGGCCGUGGAAAUGGCACGGAACCGGCAUCUCCUGCAGAUGGCAGAAGGCGACAGGCCUGGGGAGGUCAGGUGAUCGCUUCCGCGUCCCAGGGUCCCAAGACCAGGUCUCCUGCGGGACAAGGCCUGCUCCCUCGGCCACUUCCGGGAAGACCUUCCCCGAAUGCCCCCUGCUCGGCCGGCGGAGGCCGCGGGGUGCGGGCGUGGCCUCCCUGCUUCCCCGCCUCCUGCGCGCGCCCCGGCCCCACCCCAAGCGCGCGCCCCUGGCGCCCGGGGGAGAGCCUCGGGUUGCGGUGGGCGGGGAAACGCAGGGUGCCCUCCCCUCGGGUCACCCCCAGGCCUUGGGGCGCCACCGAGCCGCCCGCGACGCAAGCACCUGCUGGAGGAGGGGGCGCAGGGGAGGGCCCGAGCCCGCCCGAGCCCGGCCGCAGCGCCCCGGCCCAGUCGGAGGAGCGCGAGGAAGUGCCCAGGUGUCUGGACCAUGCUCACCGUGGCCAUGUAUGUGGCCCUUCUGGGCUGCCUGCAAGCCCAGGCGCUGCAGGGCCACGUCUCCAUCAUCCUGCUGGGAGCCACUGGGGACCUGGCCAAGAAGUACUUGUGGCAGGGGCUAUUCCAGCUCUUUCUCGAUGAAGCAGAGCAGGGCCACAGUUUCCGCUUCCACGGGGCUGCUCUGACGCCCCCCCAGCAGGGCCAGGAGCUCAUGGCCAAGGCCCUGGAAUCCCUCUCCUGUCCUGAGCACAUGGCCCCUGGCCGCUGUUCAGAACUCCAAGCCCAGUUCCUGCAGCUGAGCCAGUACCACCAGCUGAAGACGGCAGAGGACUACCAGGCCCUGUGUGCGGACAUCGAGGCCCAGGUCCGGCAGGACGGCCUCAGGGAGGCUGGCAGGCUCUUCUACUUCUCGGUGCCACCCUUCGCCUAUGCCGACAUUGCUCGCCACAUCAACAGCAGCUGCCGCCCCGGGCCAGGUACCUGGCUGCGUGUUGUUCUUGAGAAGCCUUUUGGCCACGACCACUCCUCAGCGCAGCAGCUGGCCACUCAACUUGGGAGCUUCUUCCAAGAGGAGGAGAUGUACCGGGUGGACCAUUACCUGGGCAAGCAGGCCGUGGCUCAGAUCCUGCCCUUCCGGGCUCAGAACCGCCAGGCCCUGGACGGCCUCUGGAACCGGCACCACGUGGAGCGGGUGGAGAUCAUCAUGAAGGAGACGCUGGAUGUGGAAGGUCGCACCAGCUUCUAUGAGGAGUAUGGCGUCAUCCGAGACACCCUGCAGAACCACCUGACUGAAAUCCUCACACUCGUGGCCAUGGAGCUGCCGGCCAACGUCAGCGCCUCCGAAGCUGUGCUACAGCACAAGCUCCAGGCCUUCCGGGUGCUGCGCAGCCUGCACAGGGGCAGUGCCGUGGUGGGCCAGUACCUGGCCUACAGCGAGCAAGUGCGCAGGGAGCUGGGCAAGCCGGACAGCUUCCGCAGCCGGACACCCACCUUCGCAGGCGUCCUGGUCCACGUGGACAAUCUGCGCUGGGAGGGUGUCCCCUUCAUCCUGGUGUCCGGCAAGGCCUUGGACGAGAGAGUGGGCUAUGUGCGCAUCCUGUUUAAGGACCGGGCGUUCUGUGCACAGAGCGAGGAGCGCCGGGCCCCAAGCCAGAGCCCAUGCAGGCCACGCCAGGUCAUCUUCUAUAUCGGACACGGCCCGCUGGGCCAGCCCGCCGUGCUGGUCAGCAAGAACCUGUUCAGGCCCUUCCUGCCCACCCAGAGCUGGAAGGAAGUGGAGGACAGGCCCGGCCUCCAACUUUUUGGCCAGCCCCUGUCUGAUUUCUAUGCCUUCAGCCCCGUGAGAGAGCAAGAUGCCUAUUCCCUCCUCCUGUCGCACAUUUUCCACGCCCGCAAGGAAUCCUUCGUCCCCACGGAGCACUUGCUGGCCUCCUGGGUUUUCUGGACACCGCUGCUGGACAGCCUGGCCAAGGAGGUCCCACGUGCUUACCCAGGAGGUGCUGACAGCGGCCGGCUGCUGGACUUUGAGUUCACAGGUGGCCACUUGGCCUUCUCCUUGCAGCAGCCGGAGCAGCUGGUGCCAGGCCCUGCCCCGCAGCCCGGCGACUUCCAGGUCCUGGGGGCCAGGUACCGAGACAGCCCUCUGAUCUCGGCCUGGCCCGAGGAGCUCAUCUCCAGGCUGGCCAGCGACAUGGAGGCGGCGGCUGUGCAGGCAGUGAGGCACAGUGGCACCUUCCACCUGGCACUCUCUGGAGGCUCCAGCCCCAUUGCCCUGUUCCAGCAGCUGGCCUCCGGCCACUAUGCCUUUCCCUGGGCCCACACACACCUGUGGCUGGUGGAUGAGCGCUGCGUCCCACUCUCGGAUCCCGAGUCCAACUUCCAGAGUCUGCAGGCACACCUGCUACAACACAUCAGGGUCCCCUACUACAACAUCCACCCCAUGCCCGUGCACCUGCACCAGCGACUUUGUGCCAAGGAGGACCAGGGCGCCGAGACCUAUGCCGGCGAGAUCAUGGCCCUGGUGACCAACAGCAGCUUCGACCUGGUGCUGCUGGGCAUGGGCACCGACGGGCACACGGCCUCUCUCUUCCCGCAGUCGCCCGCUGGCCUGGACGGGGAGCAGCUGGUUGUACUGACAGAGAGCCCCUCCAGGCCACACCAGCGCAUGAGCCUCAGCCUGCCCCUCAUCAACCGGGCCAAGAAGGUGGCAGUCCUGGUCAUGGGCAGGAUGAAGCGGGAGAUAACCCUGCUGGUGAGCCGUGUGGGCCGGGAGCCCAGGAAGUGGCCCAUCUCAGGUGUCCUGCCCACUUCCGGCCAGCUGGUGUGGUAUGUGGACUAUGAGGCCCUGCUGGGCUGAUGGACGGGGCACCUCUGCCCGCAACUCAUUCCUAUGCUUUCCAUCCCCCUUGCUCCUGGCCUCUCACCUGCCCAGUGCACCUGCUGCCU